CACACAACAAACAAAAGGGUUUGUGCUCGAGCGUCGUAGUAGUAGACGAAGAAAAAGGAGACGCAGGACGACGACGUAGAGAGAGAAAGAGAAAGGAGAGAUGCCAAGAAAUAGUACGAGCUGCAGAAAGCGAAACCCACCAAAACAGCAAUCCCCUUCUCCCAUGUCUCCUCGAGUGCUGCUGCUGCUCUCCUCUCCCCCUCUCUUGCUCUCCAAAACCCAAAACCCGUCCUCCUCCUCCUUGUCACCAUGAUCAGCGCAGUCGAGGUGUUCGACGCGACCCUCCGACCCAUGCCGUCUCCUUUGGAUCGCUCCAGUUGAAUGCAAAGGGAGUCGGUGACUCUCAUGAAGUCUUCGCUGAUGCCUCGGCGGUGGAAGCGAAGUAGCUGCUGCGGCGUCACUCGAAACUAGUGUUGCUUUUGGGGGGAUUGAAGAGGGAGGAGACUGCUGCUGGUUUCAGGGGGCGUCCGAUGGCGACGGCGAACGCGUUGACGACGACGGCGGUGUCCACCGCGACGAUGGAUGAUUCGGCGGCGGCGGCGGCGACGGCGACGGCAGGGGCGGGGGCGGUUGCGGAGGACGUGGCGGCGAAGGCGGUGCACAAGAGGUACGAGGCGCUGACGACGGUGAGGAGCAAGGCGAUCAAGGGGAAGGGGGCGUGGUACUGGGCGCACCUGGAGCCUGUGAUGGUGCAGAGCGCCGACACGGGCCUCCCCAAGGCCGUCAAGCUACGCUGCGUCCUCUGCGACACCGUCUUCUCCGCCUCCAACCCCUCCCGCACCGCCUCCGAGCACCUCAAGCGCGGCACCUGCCCCAAUUUCGGCUCCCCCUCCUCCUCCUCCGCCGCCACCCUCGCCGCCCUCAAGCCCAUCUCUUCCAUCGCCCCUUGCUCCUCCUCCUCUACCGCUUCCCACCACCACCACCACCACCCGAACAGCCGUAAGCGCUCCUCCACCUCUGUCGGCGCGAACCCUUCGUCCGCCCACUUCCACGCCCCUCGCCUCGCGAUCGCGGACCACUCCCGCUUCUCCUCGUCACCAACUACCCCUGCUGCCGGUGCCAGCGAAGUCGUCUUCUCCACCCCGCCCCCUCUGCCGCUCCCCGCGCCGCAGCCUCAGCUGGUCCUUUCCGGGGGGAGGGAGGACGUCGGCCCGCUCGCGAUGUUGGAGGACAGGGUCAGGAAGCUCAAGAGCCCCAAGGCCUCCCCUGGACCGACUCUCUCCAAGGCCCAGGCUGACUCCGCCCUCUCCCUCCUCUCCGACUGGUUCCAAGAGUCGGCCGGCGCCGGCGCCGUCUCCUUGUCCUCCAUAGAGCAUCCCAAAUUCCGCGCCUUCCUUGGCCAGGUCGGCCUCCCGCCCAUCUCCCGCCGUGACAUCGUCGGCCGUCGCCUCGACGCUCGCUUCGAUGAGGCCCGUGCGGAAGCCGAUGCCCGAACACACGACGCACUCUUCUUCCAGCUAGCGGCCGAUGGCUGGAAGCCCCACGACUCGUCCUCCGGUGGCGACUCGAUCGUGAGUUUAACCGUGAACCUCCCCAACGGCACCACCGUCUUCCACAGGUCCGUGCUUACUCCCGCCCGGUCCCCGUCCCAGUUCGCGGAGGUGGUGCUGUCGCACACCAUUGCGGACAUCUCCGGCGAAGGCGCCACCCGGCGGUGCGUCGGAAUCGUCGCCGACAAGUUCAAGUCCAAGGCCCUCCUAAACCUGGAGAACCAGAACCAGUGGCUGGUGAACCUCUCCUGCCAGCUCCAGGGAUUCCGCAGCCUCAUCAAGGACUUCGCCCGCGAGCUGCCGCUCUUCCAGACCGUCGCGGCCAAGUGUCACAAACUCGCCACCUUCUUCAACACCCACUCCCAGGUCCGAAGCGUUUUCCACAAGUACCAGCUUCAAGAGCUCGACCAUGCAUGCCUCCUCCGAGUCCCGCCCUCGUAUGACCCACUGGUAGGAGGCUGCAGCGCCUCGUCCCUCUUCAUGAUGAUGGAGGACAUCUUGAGCUCUGCUCGGGCUCUGCGGUCGGUCAUCCACCAUGAGUCCUACGAGCUGGCCUGCCACGAUGAUCCUACCGCAAGAGAUUGCGCCGACAUGAUCCACGACACGGGCUUCUGGAACGAAUUGGAGGCAGGCCACUUCCUCGUCAAGCUGUUCGACGAUAUGCUUCAAGAAAUAAAGACAGAGAGGCCACUCGUCGGGCAAUGCCUGCCAAUGUGGGAGGAGCUGAGGUCCAAGGUGAAGAACUGGUGCUCUAAGUAUGGUGUCAAGGAUGGGCCUGUGGAGAAGGUGGUCGAGAAAAAGUUUAAGAAGAACUACCACCCAGCUUGGUCGGCAGCAUUCAUAUUGGAUCCACUGUACUUGGUGAAGGAUGUGAGCGGGAAGUACCUUCCGCCCUUUAAGUGUUUGACGGCUGAUCAGGAGAAGGAUGUGGACAAGCUGAUCACCAGGUUGGUUUCUCGUGAAGAAGCCCACAUUGCUCUGAUGGAGCUGAUGAAGUGGAGGACUGAAGGAUUGGAUCCAUUGUACGCGCAGGCCGUGCAGGUGAAGCAGCAAGACCCAGUGACAGGGAAGCUGAGGAUCGCAAACCCGCAGAGCAGCAGGCUGGUGUGGGAAACAUGCCUGAAUGAGUUCAAAUCCCUUGGCAAAGUGGCUGUGAGGAUAAUCUUCCUGCACGCCACCGCAUGUGGUUUCAAGCACAAUCCAUCCAUACUGCGGUGGGUGUGUGCACGUGAUCGCUCGAGGACCAGCAUCGACCGAAUGCACAAGUUAGUGUUCGUGGCAGCUCAUGCAAAGCUAGAAAGAAGAGAUUUUUCGAGCGAGGAAGAGAAAGAUUCCACAUUGAUGAAUGGGGAAGAUGAUGGUCUAAACGAUACAGCUUUUGCUGAAGCCUCUUCGGUGUGAGAUCUCAUGUCUUUAAUUGCUUCAAUUGUGCCUUUUGUAGAAUUGGAUUAGUAGGAAUUCUCAGGAAUUUUUUCCUUCAAAGUCUAAAUAUUUCAAUUUGCCCAUUGAGAUUUUGGGUGGGUUGGGGGGAGGCGGGUUUGGUGGGGGAGUGUGGGGGCAUGAGAGAGACCUAAUUGACAUGCUAAAACUCCAGCUUUUCCUGCAUGGGCAAUAUGAUUCUUGGGGACAAAUGAGCCUGCAGUAAGAAACUGGGAGUCUUCUUGUUUACAGGAGAGGAUCAAUGCAGAGGUGGGAAACAAGAAGAACCAUGUAACAAUUGCUUCUUUUUUUUUGAGGAAUAAUAUAUGUAUAUGGGGUCGGGCUUUGUUCGCCUUGAGGCGAUUUCUAUCGCUCUUUUUGUUGCUUGAUUCA